CGCAUUCCGCGCAUUCCAAAGGCCGUGAACAAUCGGAGCUCGGUCAUUUAUUAGCAGAGCCCCUCCCCUCCUGAUCUCAGUCUGCUGGAGGAGCUCUCCAGACGCGCACGCAAGUCAAAUAUACGCAUGGAAAUAAAAGCCGUACUCAAAGAAUUUCCUUAAGGAUUAUAUCGUCAAACAGAUAUAUCGUCCGUGUUUUUUAUUCGUAAUGCUACUGUGAUUUGGUUCACAGUUCAGAAAAGUCUCAUAACACAAUAUCGUUUAUUGUUGUCUGCAAAACAUAGACUGAAAUGAGAACAGCAGAGGAUUCGUCAGGCACUGUGCUGCACCGACUGAUUCAAGAGCAGCUCCGUUAUGGGAACCCUACUGACCCUACUCUGUUGGCCAUCCAGCAGCAGGCACUGCGUGGAGGCAGCAGUGGAGGAGGUGCAGGAAGCCCUCGUUCAUCUCUGGAAAGCCUAACGCAAGAGGAAUCACUUUCUCCCCAGUUGUCCACCCGACAGGAGCCCCAGGGCCAAGAGCACCAGGGGGACUACCAGCAUUUAGAGAGUCCAGUCUGCCACCUCUAUCAGCUCCACACAGAGGAGCUGCCAACUUAUGAGGAAGCAAAAGCACACUCACAGUACCUGGCCUACCAGAGAGAUCAGGUAGGGCUUCAGCACUGCAGCCUGGAGACCCCUGGAGUGGUUGGAGGAGCCGAGCAGGACGAGGGCAUGUGGGACGUGAAGCGGGAGCAUGCUCGCUCGCUCAGCGAACGCCUCUUGCAGCUCUCGUUGGAGAGGAACUAUGCCCAUGACAAUAUUCCCAUGAGCUCAUCGCAUAGCUUCCCUCAGCUCUCCAAUAGUCACUCUGGUCCUGUCGUGAAUGAGAGGUUGAUUCAUGAGCCAGACCAACGCGGUCCACCCCCGGAGUACCCCUUUAUGGUCCGAUCCCCUGGAUAUAUGCUUAGUCAUUCACAGGAACAUGGGCACUAUUAUAAAGAGCCCCCUCCUGCUUUCCACUCACAGCAUCACAGGUUAUUUCCAACCCAAUCGCAAGCGCCUCACCACAGCGCCCUGCCCAUGUUGACCCCUGCUGGUCAGGAUGUCAUUGUUGGAGGAUACAGCAUCCCGGUGAAAAACUGCCAAAUAGAGCAGCUUAUUAAAGAGAACGAGAGACUGAAGGGAGAAGUUGAGAGCUACACCGAGAAGGCGACAAGGCUGCAGAAGCUCGAACAGGAGAUUCAGAGGAUAUCGGAGGCAUAUGAGACUCUUAUGAAGGGAUCUGCUAAGAGAGAAGCCCUUGAGAAAACCAUGAGAAACAAGCUUGAGAGUGAAAUCAAGCGACUUCAUGACUUCAACAGAGAUCUCAGGGACCGCCUGGAAACGUCUAAUAAACAGAGAGCAGCCAUGGAAGUUGAAGACAAGAGUCGGCAUGCCUUCACCAAACUGGUUGAGCAAAAUGAGGAUCACCUUCGAGAGCGGGAACGUCUGGAAAAAGAGCUGCAGCAUCUGCGGGGCUCAGGGGAAGAAUGGAAGAGGCGGCGAGAAGCCUUGGAACAAGCGCUGAUCUCCGCUCAGACACGAAAUAGGCAGCUGGAAGAAGAGUUACGCAGGAAAAGAGCAUACGUGGAAAAGGUGGAGAGGAUGCAGAGUGCCCUAGCGCAAUUGCAGGCAGCAUGCGAGAAGAGGGAGGCGCUGGAGUUACGACUGAGGACAAGGCUGGAGCAGGAACUGAAGAGCCUGAGAGCGCAGCAGUGGCAGUCUCAUGCCCAGCAAACGAGCCCUGGGUCCUACUCUGACCUUAACGCGUCCUCACUACACCAGCAACUGAGGGAGAGGGAGGAGCAGGUUCUGGCCCUGGAAGCUGACAUCACUCGCUGGGAGCAAAAGUAUCUUGAGGAGAGCACGAUGCGUCAGUUCGCCAUGGAUGCCGCUGCAACUGCUGCAGCUCAGAGGGAUACAACAAUCAUCAACCAUUCACCCCGUCAUUCACCCAAUAGCAGCUUCAAUGAGGACCUGCCGUCCCCCAACCACAGGCAUCAGGAGAUGGAAAACAGGAUUCGAGCACUUUAUGCUCAACUUUUGGAGAAGGAUGCUAUUAUAAAGGUCAUGCAGCAGCGGUCACGAAGAGAGCAAGGCCGACUUGAACCGCAAGGCCUACGACCUGCUCGAUCUGUGCCCUCCAUCAACACGGUUGCCACACCUAGUACCACCCGAACCAAAGGGAAGAGCCUCUCAGAUGACCAGACAGCAGCCGCGUCAAUGCCUCCAUUGCCCCUUCAGCUCUCCAAAACUCAGUGUCGAGACCGUAGCACCCAGUGUGAAGGGCCUUCAGAUGAGGCCAACCCUAAAGCAGAACCUGUUGAAGCUAUAUCUGCUCUACAGCCUUACAUUUCUGAUUCGACUUCUCUCAACACAACCCAGAUGACCAGCGCUGUUGAAAAUGACAUGGUAGAGAUCCUUAUCUGAAUUCUGAGACGAACAGUGUUCAGCUUGAUGCUGCCUUCUGCUCUUACACACUGAAUGUUCUCCUUGGGUCUCCGUCUGAGGUCCAAUCAUGUCAAGAGAAGGUGUGCUUGCUUUGAGAAGGAACUCCCCAUUGAAGCCGGUCAGUGUUUGUAUCAGGAAGUGAGAGGAACAGAUGGUGGGAGUAACCUAAAACUGAUCCUUGGUGAAGGAGAGCUGAGCUCUCUUGACAGUUCCUCCACACGUUAAAUGAAAGUUUUUCAUCUCGCCUGGUUACUCAACCUGGACUGUGAGAUGUAUGGUCUGAAUGUGAGGUACUUGGACAGUACACUACAUAGCUCCAAAAAGCUACCACAAGACUUAUAAACGCAUCGUAUAUGUUGAUGUUCUUUUGUAUUUAUGAUUAUUGCUGCUGACUGUGUUUGAAGAGUGUUGUCAGAAUGGAGUAAUAGGAAGUAAUCCCACUGUUGUGAAACAUUUGUUUGUUUGUUUUUUACUUUCCUCAAAGGAACAACCAAGGGCAGUGUUCGUUCUUUUUUUCCGCUGUUUUUUUACCACUUAAGUAUACCAACCCAUGUAAGACUAUAUCCCACAUUCCUAGAUAAAAUGCACAGACGAAUAUAUCCCUAACUUUAUAUACUCCAUGUAUAGUAGAUGUGCCAUCGCAACUGCUUCGUCUUGAAAUAUCAAGAAAAGAAUAGUUUGGAUUGUUGGAGGCCAAAUGGAGUUUGAACCGGGAGGCCUAGGAUUAGACAAUUUACAGGAAUAGUUGGGUAAUACCUUAACUAGCACUCCCUUUGACUAAAUUAUCCUUACAGUUGGCGUUCUUACUAUAACUGACUGACAGUGGGCGCUUCUCACUUCCUGAUUUAAGUGGCGGAAUGGGAAGCCUCCUUUUGGGAACAGUGGAAGGGUACAUACUCUUUUAGUGACACUUAUGGUAAGUGUUACUUAGGAGGGACAGGAGCUGAUGUUUCAGAUGCCAUAUUAUUAUUAUUUUGCACCCAGAAUUGCAACCACCAUACUUGCCACUCCCUCGCAGACAAGCUGGAGCUAAUCUUCCCACAUUCCUCUGUGGUGGAAUGCCCCUGCUCAGAGGAAAAAAGCUAUCUCCAGACUGACCCUUGGCCUUGCUCAUAACGGUUGCCAUUUAGACUACCAUCCUCUUUUUGGAUCUGUUUAUUUUCGUAGUGCUGCAGUAGCUGGAUCUACUGCAAGCAUUUAAAUUCUAGUUUUGAUGUUGACUCAAAGGUUCUCUAAUGUAGUGACUGUGACUUGCCUUGAUUUGAGACAUUUGUUCUCAACCAAGUCUACACUUGCAUUGGUUUGUGGUGGGAUAAUGGUAUAAACAGUUAAAAUAACAAAAACAAACAGUCUUAUCUAUGUGGGUAAUGUGUUAAUUUAACCUUUUCUCACUUUUAUUAAAUGCUUAUUUUCCUAUUGUCUCCGAUACGAAGCACUUGCUGGCCAAUGCUUUGUAUUGGGAGUCAUGCUUGUUUUGUUCACUACUCGGACUGUUUACAGAAAGGACGGUUUUGAAUUGAGAGAAUUUAAUAUAUUUUGUAUAUUAUUUUACUUUUUGGUAUUUAGUAAUGUGAUCAUGCCAAAGAUUUGCAUUACAAUUAAGUUAUAUAAUAAAACUGAGCAUUAGCUACGUGAAAUGUAGAUGCGCAGUUCAAACUGGUUGACCCAUAUUUGGAUGUUGCCGUGAACUUCAAGAAUGGGGAAUUGUUUUGUAUGUCAUUAACAUUUCAGUUAUUUGAAUAAAACUUUAAUAUAUAUCUUUACAAA